UGAUAUUUCUCUGUCGAUUAGCAGGCAACAAGUGAGGAGCAGCUUUGAAGCUUGCAGGAAAAAGGGGGAGAUAAACGUUGAUCCUGACAAUCAGAAACUACAGAGGUCCUCAGGCCCACCUUGCUGACAGAAAAGCACUGUGAUGAAUUCCCUGUUUCUCCUGAGCUGUCUAAGCUCCACCUGGUUUCUUAUAGUGUACUCACACAUGAUACUGGAGGAAAAGCUCUACACCAAUACGACUUCUUCCUCGGUUCUACAGCAUGGGAGCCUGUCAGAUGCACCACCCAUCGUCAUUGUAGAGUUACCCAAAACCGCAAAGAAGAAAAAAAACAAAAAACCAAGAAAGAACAAAUUCAGCGUCAAAAACAAGCGUCCACCUCCUCCCCCCAACUGCGUGCCAUUGUGGGGAAGCUGCAAAACCCCCGAUAAUGUGUGUUGUGAGCACUGCGCUUUCUGCCACUGCCGCCUCUUCAAGACUGUGUGCUAUUGUCGAAUGGGUAACCCGCAGUGUUGAAGACAUAACAGAGGAUAUUGGCAUAUUCACAAGGAGAGAAAAUGUCACUUUUGUUAUAAAUAAGAAUAUAAUAUGUUUCUGAGCACUUCUAUGUUUCUGAACACUUCUAUAUUCAUGUGGAUGCUACCAUGAUUAUGGAUAAUUAUGAUUAUGGAUAAUCAUGAAUGAAUCAUGAAUAAUGGGGAGUGUGAAAGUUUCAGAGGCAUAAGUAUCAUACACGCCAAAAAAUGCUAACCUCUGUUAUUGGUAAUAGUGGGAGGUUAGCAUGUUUUGGGGAUAUGAUCUUUCUGCCUCUGUUACUUUCUCACUCAUCAUUGAUCACGAUUCAUUCAUGAUUAUCCGUAAUCAUGGUAGGAUUCACAAUAAUGUUGAAGCAAUGAGAAAAAUAUUAUGUUCUUCUUUACAAUAAAAGUGACUCCAAAAUGGCACAUUACAUUAUUUACCAUUCAUUUUUAUUGGGCACAACAUAAUCCGAAACAAGUUUCUAGGGUCACAAGUGUGAUGUAGUCAUUGUGUGUUUGAAUUUGGGACUAAAUACUAAACUUUUGACUACUUUAAUAUACUAUAAGUGAAUUUGUCCAAAUACUUAUACAAUGACUUCAAAUGGGGGGACUAGAUGCAUAAAGUGCUUUCAUUUCUAAAUGGUAAAACAGAUAUCUAUGAAAAUAACCAUAAAAAAGGUAAUAUUCUGUACUGUCGCCUCAUAUGAAACAUUUGAUCUCAAAUCCAAAAUGCUGGAGUAUAGACCCAAAUUAAAAGAUUUCGCUUCACUGUCCAAAUAAAUACAUAAGGGAGUGUGUGUACAUGAAGCAGCAGGCGUCUUUUUAUGAAAUGAGUGCUUUUUGCCUAUUUUAAGUAGGAAUUGUGCAAAAAUAUUGCAUUUUAAAAGCCUGUUAUAUUAAAUGAUGUGCCAUUUCAUAGAGAACAUGGAACAUUUAAUGAAUCAACUUUUUUAUAUAAAUAAAGACUUGCUAAAGUGCCAAACUUCAGCAUUUUGAUAUGUCCCUCUGUGCAUCCUCUGUGAAUUCUAGGAAGAUUUUAACACUCAACGCCCUUUUCUCCAAGUGUUCACCAUCAUGGUAAAGCCUUUGUCAAAGCAACAAAGGCUUUACAAUUACAAAGUCAUUUCUGAAGAUUAUUAUUAAUUUCAUGUUAUUAAUUAUUAAUUUUAAGGAGAAAAAAACAACAACCUGUCCCUCAUUUUAAGGUCAACCCAGUUAGGUGAACUGAACUCUUGUUUUAAUAUGGUGAAACUAUUCCUAUUGAAAAAAAAAAUCUAAAGAGACAUUAACCAUCUAAUAUUCAAAUCAAAGAGUAAAGGCAAAGGAGCUGGUUCGACUCUUUUUGGCCAUUAUCUGGUGUUUUGUGGUUGGAAACCGAGCGGGUUGAGCAUAACACGUCAACCCUGUUACCCAUAGAUCAAAUUAAAUUUUGCGCCGAAUACAACAGGUAGACCUUACCGUGAAAUGCUUACUUACAACCCCUUAACCAACAAUGCAGUUAAGAAAAUAGUGUUAAGAAAAUAGUUACUAAAUAAACUAGAGUAAAAAAUAACACAAUAAAAUAACAAUAAUGAGGCUAUAUGCAGGGGGUACCGGUACCGAGUCAAUGUGGCGGGGUACAGGUUAGUCGAGGUAAUUUGUACAUGUAGGUAGGGGUAAAGAUAGACAGGCUAGAAAUGUUUGAAAUAUUUCAAUAUUUUUGUGAAGCUUGCAUUCAAUUGCCCCUCGUAAGCACACAAUCCUGCCACAAGAGGAUUUAUGUUUGAUUUAAGAUUCAGUUGUCAACCCUUGUAGGGGUAACCCUGUUAUGGUCAACCCUGUUACUUUAUUUGGCACUUACUAUGGCCAUAAAUUUAUUUUACCUCUUGAGAUGGGAAUUUAUUUUCAUUAAGUUGAGCAUGUCCUCUUUAUGGAAUAAUGUUAAAAUUAGGUUAAAUAAAAUGUUAUUUCACCAAGUUACACUACUCAAAAGGCACCUAAUUGGUGCAACGGACCACACCAUGACAGUGCUGUACAUGUGGCAGUGUGUAGUAUUUACAGUCUUGAAUAGUUUUCAAGUCCAGGGGCCAAUUGUCUGGGUCUUUGAUCAAAUGUGGCAAGCACUUUAAAAGAGGUACAAAUUGUGUUCCCCUACCUGGUUUUCAUAUAUUGAUGCUGCUAGUGUUCACAAGCUCAGAAUGAUCAGCAGUUUAGUAUUGCAUGCAUCUGAUGGUUUUACCUACAGCACAAACAAUUAAACUACCACUGGAGAAAUACAAAUGUUUUAUAGCUCUAUAUUAGUAUGGCAUGUGAUUUACAGAAAUACAAACUGCCAAAGGCACUCCAGGAGCCAAAAUGUCUGUUUUUUUUAUUUAUUUUAACUGUACAAUAUUUACAGCGAGGUAUUUUCUGUUGGCCAACAGUAUUUUGUUUUCAAUGGCAAAAUGGCUUGUAUUAACACUAUUAUUUUAACGAUGUAAUGAAAAAUCGAAACACAGAUUUUUAAAAUAAAUUUCUAUCUGCAUGUUUGGUAACUUGAUGUAUGCUAAUUGUAGUUAUCUUCACAUUUAAACACAUUUGAACUCUUGAGCUUGUUAAGAUCAUGGCUGUGAAUCGUAACCCUGCAGCAGUACUGGACGCCUGGUUUCUAUUGCACUUGUGUUGUGCCCACUAAGUCCACACGCUACAACAAUUUUUCACUUCUCAUCAGUUCAUCAUGUUUGUUUGAUAUUGUUCUGGAUGUCACCUCGGAUUAAUUGUAUAAGACAAUUGCAGAACACUUUGCUUGCUUCUUUGACCCUGCAAAGUCUUGGUUACCAAAGGCACAUUUAUGUAUAGCCUCUUUAAGGUAUCGGUAUGGGUCCUUGACUUUGGGGGGUGCAAAAUCUUUGGGAGUGGGGGGGUUCUGGGUGAGCUCCCCCAGAAAAUGUUUGGAUAUUUUUAACAAUUUUCAUGCAAUUCUACAUUGUUUCUUAACAAGGGGGAAUCCAUAUCUAUUUUUGGGGGGCUUUGCCACAACAAAUUAUAUUGAAAAGUGUUUUAAUGACUAGAUUACUAAUCUACUUCCUUCCCUGAAAAUCCAACCCCAAAUAAUUUAUUGACAGGUCUGAAACCCUAUCAACUCUGUGACUCUCGCAAAUAUAUUGCUCCUCCUCUGACAAGCCCACUCACAGUUAUAGAUUGAUAGGCCAAAUUGUUAGGAAUGUGUGCAGGAUAAUGCAUAAAAAUGAGAGGAAUAAUAUGGUUUUACACAAUAAGGAUUUGAAUGUCGUACUUGGUAGAUUAAGAAAAAGCAUUAUAUUUGUAUUGUCUUUUUGUCACAAAUAAAGUGAUCACAACAAUGUGGUACAAUUGUGAACUUGU